AUAACAAUGGAAAAGUAAGAGUUUUCAGCAAGUAGCAAUAUUUUUGAUUAUCUCAGAGGGGAAAAAAAAAAAAAAAAAAAGCAGCCUGUGCAAUUUAACAGAGAGAACUUAAUGUUCUUUCUUGUGAGAGGCUGCAAAUAAGUGAGCUACAAGACACUGCUGAUUUAUGUCACUGAAAAUCUUGCCACACUGUGCACAGAACUAUUAAGGGGAGCAAGUUCCAAGUUAGGAACAAGUGAACACUCUCUGUAAACUCAUCCUUAAAGUAAAUGCUGAAAAUUAUGCAAUAAGUAAUGAGAUUGAGCUCAUUUAAGGUGCUGCAGAUGUUGACAAAAAGUGAAUUUCUUGGUUGUGUGAGCUUGUCUGAAGGGCUGGUAUUUUGAUCCCUUCAAAAGAGAAGUUGUGAAUGCAGCUCAUGCUGAGAGGUGGCCCCACUGUGUGGGGUCUGUUCUCCAGAAAAGAGCCUGAAGCCCUGCAGGAAACUGCUGUCACAUUUUCUCUGUUAUCAAAGACCAAAAUACAAGCAAUUCUUGCUUUACGUCAGCAGGAACGCUCUCUCAAACAUAUGAAGCAAUGAUGUCAGUGGAUACAUCACCCAGAGUGGGCAAGCCUGGUGGAAGGAUGGCAUUUGGAGGGACCCAUCAUGUUACAAGGGAAACUUGGCUCUGCAUUAAGGACUGCAGCUGGCAAACCCUUGGAUUCAGUUCCCUUCUUUGCUCCUGGAAAGCUCCCUUAGAAGCAGCCUGGCGGGAGCUGCUGUGCACUGCCACUUUAAGGAUGCAUGCACUUCCAGGCUCAGGUCCUGCCACUGCUGCAGCACAGGGCGAGAUCUUCUGCUUCGGGGCUCUGGGCUGCUCACUGCUCUCUGCUCUGUAACACUUGGCUGCUUCAGAGACGCCCGGCCAGGGGCUCAAGGCUUCCUCCCAGCGUGGCAGAGUCCCACCUGGUGCUGGGGCAGCUGCCACCAUGGAAGCAGCACCGGGUGCUGCUGCAGCAGCAGCAAAGCCUGCGAAGUCCUGCAAGAAGUAUCGGAUGGUGAAGCGGCACGCCAACAUCUACACCUACCAGGAGCCGCCCCACAGCAACUCAGAUGAGGAUAUCAGUGAAGAGAAGGCUAACAGCCAUGACCCAGAGCAGGUCUUCCAGAACAUCCAGUACCAGAAGGAGGUCAUGUCCAACAUCCGCUGCAGGCCGUGGCCGAUGAGGCAGAAGCUGCGGGCGCUCAGACAGGCAAAGGAGAUUGUGCUGAAGUACGAAGGGAGGCUCACCAGAACCAGAGGUUACCAGGCUGCUGGUGCGGAGCUUUGGAGGAAGUUUCUUCGACUGGCAUAUAAUUUUGUGGUGCUCUUUAUUCCUUGGGAAAUGCGAAUUAAAAAAAUUGAGAGUCAUUUUGGGUCUGGAGUUGCCUCUUACUUCAUCUUCCUAAGAUGGCUGUUUGGAAUCAAUAUUGUACUUACCAUAAUGACAGGAGCAUUUGUAGUCUUACCAGAGCUACUGGCUGGUGAACCAUUCGGCAGCACCGUCAGCAAAACCAUUCGCCCGGAAGACAUGAAAACUGCACAAGACCUGGACACCAUCUGGUCACUUGGGGGCUACCUCCAGUACUCUGUUUUGUUUUAUGGCUACUAUGGCAGAGAAAGGAAGAUUGGGAAAGCAGGAUACCGGCUGCCUCUCGCCUACUUCCUGGUUGGCAUGGCAGUGUUUGCUUACAGCUUCAUCAUCCUCUUAAAAAAAAUGGCGAAGAACUCAAGAAUGAGUUUAGCAAGUGCUUCUGAUGAAAACUACACUUUCUGUUGGAGGCUGUUCUGUGCCUGGGAUUAUUUAAUAGGAAACCCUGAGGCUGCAGAGAGCAAAGCGGCUGCCAUAGUUAACAGCAUCCGGGAAGCUAUAUUGGAAGAGCAGGAAAAGAAGAAAAGCAAAAACCUGGCAGUGACAAUCAGCUUAAGGAUUAUUGCAAACAUCCUCGUGCUUCUCUCGCUCACUGGAAGUAUUUACAUCAUUUACUUUGUUGUGGAUCGAUCCCAGAAGUUAGAGAGCAAGAAGAGGGAAUUGACUCUUUGGGAAAAAAAUGAGGUAAGCGUAGUUGUGUCUCUGAUUACCAUGAUUGCACCCUCUGCUUUUGAACUCGUGGCAGCUCUAGAGAUGUACCAUCCAAGGACCACUCUUCGCUUUCAGCUUGCAAGAGUUCUUGUUCUCUAUCUGGGAAAUCUCUACAGUUUGAUCAUUGCUCUCCUGGAUAAAGUGAACAGUAUGAGUGACAGUAAUUCCAUCUGUAGUAUAUAUCAUAUUAACAACAAUUCAAGUAAUUCUACCCCCUCCUUUGCAACUGGAACUCCUCCUAAAGAAGGCAAUUUAUCUGCAACUAUUUCUGAUACACAAAUGAAUAGCAACAAAUCUCGCGCUCAAAGCUUGCCAACCUCUGAUUCACUGGUUAACAACACAGCUUCCUCCAGCUCUGCCCAGAAUCAGUGCUGGGAAACCUACGUUGGUCAAGAGAUGCUAAAGCUGUCAAUCAUCGACAUGAUAUUCACAGUUGCAAGCAUCCUGCUAAUUGAUUUUUUCCGUGGACUGUGUGUCCGAUAUUUGAGUGAUUGCUGGUGCUGGGACCUAGAAAGCAAGUUUCCAGAAUAUGGUGAAUUCAAAAUUGCAGAGAAUGUACUGCAUUUGGUCUACAAUCAAGGAAUGAUCUGGAUGGGAGCCUUCUUUUCACCUUGUUUACCGGCAUUCAAUGUCCUCAAGUUGAUUGGACUCAUGUACCUGAGGAGCUGGGCUGUGUUAACGUGUAAUGUACCACAUCAGCAGGUUUUCAGAGCCUCUCGAUCCAAUAAUUUCUACUUGGCCAUGUUGCUGUUCAUGUUGUUUUUAUGCAUGUUACCAACAAUUUUUGCUAUUGCCCGAUACAAGCCAUCUCUAACCUGUGGUCCCUUCAGCGGACAAGACAAAAUAUAUGAUAUUGUUUCUGAAACAAUUGAAAAUGAUUUUCCCUUGUGGUUCAGCUCAGUGGUUACUCAUAUCAGCAGUCCUGUGGUGGUCCUCCCUGCGCUCUUACUUCUAUUCAUGCUGAUCUAUUACCUACAAAGUAUUGCAAGGUCAUUGAAAUUCACCAACAAUCAGCUGAGAAUGAAGAUCCAAGCAGAAAGAACUGAAGAUAAGAAAAAGGUGGUUCAAAUGGCAGUAGCCAGAUUCCAGAAUCUGGAUGGGAGUGACAAAAGACCAGACCAAGACGGUGGUCUUAUUAGCCAGGAGUCAUCUGUUCGGGCCUCAACCCCACGAAAGAAUGGCAGUGUCUUGAGCUUUGAAUCUCCUGUGAGCAAAGGCACCAGAAUACAAACCAUCUCCCAGACUGUGCCUCACACCGUGCCCUCGACUGAUGCAGCAAGACCUGUCAACGCAACUCCCACAACUUCAGCUUCUUUAACGCCCACAGUAUCAAGUGUACAGAAACCAAGAAAUGACCAUACCACUAGCAGGUACCCAAGUGUUGUGCAUGGGAGUGCAAGUGAGCUCUGUAAAACAAAGGCCUAUACACCAGUGACUUUCAAAAAACGUACUGAAGAUGUUCACUCUGAGCCUCUCUUUAGGAAAAGCAUUCGGCAGGUAAAUCCAGAUGCUUUUGGAGCAGGGGCUCCUGUUUUUGUGGGACGCAGACCACAUGCUACCAGAUACUUUGUUGUUAAUGAAAAUGAACCCCGCAAAAAAUCAGCCCGUUCUACCUCCCGACUCCAAAGGCAAUUCCGAAUAGAAGAGCCAGAAGAUAUUGUUGAGUUGUAUCCACGCAAUAUCAGAAGAUACGUGGUUCAAACACCACAACGCAUGUAUUCUCCUCAUCCCAGUGAAGAUGAGGAGGAUGAAGAGGAACUUGGGAGACGCUAUAUGAAAAGAUCCCAUCGCCCUCGGUCACUGUCUGACCUUCGCCCAGCACCACGAUUUUAUAUCGGGGAGCGUGCUGAUGGCCAUGUUCUUACGAGCAAAGACCUAGCCAAAGUGCAUUACAAAUCCUGGGAUGAUGGUUUUGAGCUAGACCUGGACAGGCCUCCAUAUGCCUACAAAAAAGUGCACCUGAAAAAUGUUGAAGUUGAUCAGCACUAUCUUGAGCCACAUGUGAAACCUAAAAUGAAGCAUAUGCUGGAGCAGUCUCUAACAGAAUCUGAUUCUGUUUCCAUUGAAUCGAGCAGCGAUCCGCAGAACAGCAGCAAUGAUCAAUACAUCCAGGUCAUUCAUAGCAAGGAAAAGUACCUGAAACCUGGGACAAAGCUCACCAAAAAGAAAUCAAAAAACAAUAUUGAACUAAACAUGUCUGAGCCUAAUGAACUGGUAUGCUCAAAUGUCUGAGAAAGUGCCCCAACUUUUUGUGUUUAGAACAGGUUUGUGUGCAGGUUUGUGCAGUCAUUGUACUUGCUGUUUGAGGUCUAUUAGAAUAACUACCACAGUCAGCCAUUCGAGGUGGGAAAAGUAGUUAGUCCUGUGUUUUACUUUUAACUGUACCUCGCUUUGAUAUCAUUCCCAUUUAUUACAUGUUAUGCUGUUUAAAAAAAAAAACAAAAAACUUAUUGGAAAAUCAAAAGCAAUGUACUUGGAGCACUUGAAUUAAACCUGUAUAGAAGUACAUCAGACAAGGCUCUCUGAUGUGAUUGCAGGAACAUGCUCCCACUGAAUCCAUGCAGCAGGUAACCACCAUCCUACAAGCGCAGAACAGCUCCCUGAAGUACAGAAUCAAAGAAUCAAACUGAGUUGGAAGGGACCCUUAAAGGCUAUCUGGUCCAACUGCCCUGCUGUACAGGGACACCUACAGCUGAUCAGGUGCUCAGAGCCCCGUCCAGCUUGACCUGGAGUGUCUGCUGGGGCAUCCAUCGCUUCUCUGGGCAACCUGUGCCAGUGCCUCACUGCCCUGAUUGUAAAAAAAAAAACUUCUUCCUUAUAUCCAGU